AUGUUCGCAUAUCCAACAGGUGAUGUCAUCCCCUUCUACCCUCAGAAGCUGAGAUCUCCUUUUCCAAACCGACACGUCAACGCAGGGUCCUAUGUUGGGUAUGCAUGGGCUCUCGGCGAAAUGAUGGAUGCAACAUACACGAGUGACUGUAUGGAGGAUCAGCGGCAAUUUGUGGCGGCGUAUUUGGCCCAGCCGUUCCUGUUCAACUCCCUCCCACGCACGCCGUACCCUGAUCCAGUAACAGACAGCCACGGAGCAACCAAACCAGCCACCAAAGACUCUGAACCGUCUUUAUCCUCAUCUGCUACUCCUCUGCCCGGCACGCUACGGUAUUUCUGCUCUCUUCCUGGUCCGGUGCAGGCCCUGAUUCCUCAAAACGUCACCCCGGCAGGACUAGAGGGAGCCAGAAAGGCAGCGCCUCCACCGUUUAUUAAGCUGGACCACUACAACGCUCUGAUAGAGCUGCUGGGAGGGCGGAGGUCGGAACAAUAUGAGGUGCAAGGGACUGGAGUGGAGAUCAAGGUGUAUUCCAAGGUGACGAAGGCGUACCCGUGUGUUUUUCACCAGUCGGGGGAUAAGACGACGAGUAGGGUGGUGUAUGAGAUAGUGGGGAAUGGGACCUUGGAUGCCUCUCCAGCCAUUCGCAGCGCAACAUCUGUCAUCGGCACGGAUGAGUGGUUGGAUGAUACGAUCACAUGCCAUGUGAUCGGGCUGCGCCUCGUCAGCACCACUCCCACCCUCCCCGCCUCACACUCAAGCACCCACACUCAAUCUCGCAGUCGAGAAGCAGCAGGGAAGACAAGAGCAAAGAAUGCAGGAGGAGCAGCAGCAGGAGCACAUGCAGUAGAAACAGACAAAGGCGGUGGUGCAACCGAGACAGGAAAAUCUGCAGCAGCAGAAACAUCGGAAGCAGGUCCAGCAGAAUCGCGAAUCACAAAAGGCACACCUGAAGAAACACCUGGAAAAUCACCUGAAGAAAAUCCUGAGAAGAUAUCAGAUCGGCCAGCUUCCCCUCUCUCAUCCUCCUCCCCCUCCACUCCCUCCUCUCCCCCCCCACCUCCCUCUGCCCUCACGCUCCUCUGGCCAAUCAUAGUGCACCCCCAUUUCAAGGCCUCCAAUGUGCACGUUCUCGUGCUCCCAUUGGUGGCGCCCUGCCACAUGGAAGCGUAUGAGAGGCUGUGCUUGUGCUGGCAGCGCACCUGUGGGGGAGGGGCGGGGUUGGCGCACGGGGGUGGGAGCUGGGGAGGGGGAGGGGGAGUGGGGGCAGCAGGGGGAGGCGCGGGUGGUUUGGGGGGCGCCAGUAUUGGUGGUUCCAAUGGAGCCACGCUGUCUGCUCUGCAUGCGAACCUGCCCGCUGUUACAGCAGCCAUCUCUCCUGCUCAAUGGCCGUCUCGCUCGCUCAGUGCAUCGAUUCUCUCAUCUCAACCGACUCUACCGUCACUCCCACGGCUCCCCCUCGCACCUCCCCUCUCCACCCCCUCCGCCCCCUUUUCAGCCCUCCCCUCCAUCUCCCUCACUGGGGGAGGAGGAGGAGGAUGUGGGGGAGGAGGGAUGGGAGGGGUGGGCGCUGGUGCGAAGGCUGGUUCUUUGGGCUCUAGCACCAUUAGCAGCAGUACCAGUAGUGCUGCUGCUGCUGCUGCCGCUGCUGCUGCUGCUGCCGCUGCUGCUGCUACUGAGGGGAAAUGGGGAGUGGAAGAGGGGGAGGGGCAGGGGGAAAGGGAGGGGCAGCAGCAGGAGGGAGCGGCUUAG